AUGCGCAGGUGUUCCCGUACCACGAGUUUGCAUCCCAGCUCGAGGAGCACGAGUUUGGCAAGGUUUUCUUCUAUUCCUGGCCUUGCUGCUGCGCGCCACACGCUUAAUCUGCAGUCAUCGUCCAACGACUCAUCUGCGAUAAGACUCCAGACAGAACCUGCAGCUGCCACCGCGGCUACCCACCCUGGCCGAUACCGCCUGCCCAUCUUAACCUGUUCCCCAGAUCCACGUGCCACCCUUCGAGGGCCACAAAAUCCUCUGGUCUCUCGCCAUCACCUACACCUGCCAAGGACUGGUUCUAGUUCCAGAAGGCAUCUUUCGCAGCAGAGGGACUUUGCGACUAGCAGUUCGAAACCCAGCAGCGAGAUGGCCGCCAUCAAGAUUGACGGAAUGGCUAUUGCCAAGAAAAUAAGGGAGAGGCUUCACGCCGAAAUCGAUGAGAAGCAGGCCGUGAACCCCCACUAUAAGCCGUGUCUUAACAUUAUUCAAGUUGGUGAUAGAUCUGAUUCUGCCACCUAUGUUCGCAUGAAACUCAAGGCCGCCGAAGAGGCUGGAAUUCAAUGUGAACUGCUCCACUACCCCGAGACCAUCUCGGAGGCUGAGCUGCUCAACCAGUUGCACCGUAUUAACAACGACCCCAAGAUUCACGGCGUCCUUGUUCAGCUCCCAUUGCCAAAGCAUCUUGAUGAGUACGCCAUCACUUCGGCUGUGGCUGACGAGAAGGACGUCGAUGGCUUUGGUGCGACAAAUAUUGGCGAGCUGGCCAAGAAGGGCGGCCACCCUUACUUCAUCCCAUGCACUCCCAAGGGCAUCAUGGUCCUGCUCCAGGAGACGGGUGUGGACCUGAAGGGAAAGAAUGCAGUUGUUCUUGGUCGUAGUGACAUUGUCGGCAGUCCUGUGAGCUACCUGCUCAAGAACGCCGAUGCCACCGUCACCGUCUGCCACUCCAGGACCGUUGGCCUCCAAGACCACCUGAAGGCUGCUGACAUUGUUGUUGCUGCCAUCGGCAAGCCUGGCUUUGUCAAGGGGGAGUGGCUCAAGCCGGGCGCCAUAGUCAUUGACGUCGGCACAAACUACGUUCCUGAUGCCUCCAAGAAGUCUGGCCAACGUCUUGUUGGUGACGUCGACUACGAAUCUGCCUCUAAGGUAGCAUCUUACAUCACGCCUGUGCCCGGCGGCGUCGGACCCAUGACCGUGGCCAUGCUGCUACAGAACGUUGUCGACUCGGCAACCAUGCACACGCAGCGUCAGAAGAACCGUAAGAUGGUGCCGUUGCCGCUCAAGCUGCUUGACCCCGUACCCUCGGACAUUGCCAUCUCCAGGGCACAGGUCCCCAAGCAGAUUGUCCGCGUUGCUGAGGAGAUUGGCAUCGGCGCCUCUGAGCUGGAGCCUUACGGUGCCUACAAGGCCAAAGUUGACCUCAGUCUGCUCGACCGCCUCAAGCAUCGUCGCGACGGUCGCUAUGUUGUUGUGACUGGUAUCACCCCUACCCCGUUGGGAGAAGGGAAGUCGACGACGACCAUGGGUCUCGCUCAGGCCCUUGGUGGUCACUUGGGACGUUCAACUUUUGCCAACGUCAGGCAACCCAGUCAAGGCCCGACUUUCGGCAUCAAGGGUGGUGCUGCCGGUGGUGGCUACAGCCAGGUCAUUCCCAUGGACGAGUUUAACCUCCAUCUCACCGGUGACAUCCACGCCAUUACUGCCGCAAACAACCUUCUUGCUGCUGCCAUUGAUACGCGAAUUUUCCACGAGAACACCUCCAAGGACGCCAGCCUCUUCAAGCGUCUGGUUCCGAUGAAGAACGGAAAGAGAGAGUUUGCUCCCAUUAUGUUCCGUCGCUUGAAGAAGCUUGGAAUUACAAAGACCGACCCGGCAGAGCUUACAGAGGAAGAGAUCAGCCGCUUCGUGAGACUGGACAUCGACCCGGACACGAUUACCUGGAGGCGUGUGUUGGACGUCAAUGACCGUCACCUGCGUGGAAUCACCAUUGGCACUGCACCUACUGAGAAGGGUCAGACUCGUGAAACCGGCUUUGAUAUCUCGGUGGCCAGCGAGUGUAUGGCUAUAUUGGCGCUGAGCACUAGCUUGGCAGACAUGCGGGAGCGCCUGGGCAGCAUGGUUGUUGCCACAUCGCGUAGCGGAGACCCCAUCACAUGCGACGACAUCGGUGCCGGUGGAGCCUUGACGGCAUUGAUGCGCGAUGCCAUCAAGCCCAACCUGAUGCAGACCCUUGAGGGCACCCCCGUCUUUGUCCACGCCGGCCCCUUUGCCAACAUCAGCAUUGGUAACAGCUCGAUUAUUGCCGACAAGAUCGCCCUCAAGCUGGCUGGUACCGAACCUGACGAGGACCACUCGGCCAACACUGGCUUUGUCAUAACUGAAGCCGGUUUCGACUUCACCAUGGGAGGCGAACGCUUCUUCAACAUCAAGUGCCGCACUUCAGGUCUUGUUCCCGACGUCGUCGUCAUCGUCGCCACCGUGCGCGCGAUCAAGGUCCACGGCGGCGGACCGCCGAUCACCCCUGGCGCCCCGCUCAGCCCUGUCUACAAGGAGGAAAAUGUUGAGACGCUGAGGGCCGGCUGCACGAACCUGCGCAAGCAGAUCGAGAACGCAAAGCAGUACGGCGUGCCUGUAGUCGUGGCUAUCAACAAGUUCGCGACUGACACGGACGCCGAGGUCGCCGCCGUGCGGGAAGAGUCACUAGCGGCAGGCGCCGUCGACGCUGUGCUCUCUGAUCACUGGGCCCAUGGUGGCAAGGGAGCGAUCGAUCUCGCUCAGGCUGUCAUUGCAGCCUCCGAACUUCCCAAGCCCGAUUUUAAGCUUCUGUACAGCUUGGAAGGAACCGUCCAGGAGCGUAUUGAGAAGAUUGCCAAGGACAUGUACGGCGCGGCCGCUGUGGAGUUCUCAGAGCUCGCCCAGAAGAAGGUCGAGACUUACACGCGCCAAGGAUUCGGCAACCUGCCGAUUUGCAUUGCCAAGACUCAGUACUCGGUGUCGCACGACCCGGAGCUCAAGGGUGCACCCACGGGCUUCACGGUACCUAUCAGGGAUGUUAGGAUGGCGGCCGGAGCUGGUUACCUGUACGCUCUCGCUGCUGACAUUCAGACUAUUCCCGGUCUGCCUACGGCUCCUGGAUAUCUCAAUGUCGACGUUGAUGCCGAGACUGGUGAGAUUGACGGUCUGUUCUAA